AUGUCAUUGGGACGGUCUUCCGUCUGUUUCUCCAUAUUAGUAUCAUUCUGGUCUUACGUUUUCAUCAAUUCGCUGUCUUUAAGCGGUUCAGUCGCCUUUGAAGUUAGAUCUUUUCUUCACAAUGAUAUGGUCGUCGAUGGUGGUGCUCAUAAUGUUUUCUGGUUCGUACAUAUCACAGAUUUGCAUUUUAGCGAGUUUGGUUCUAAAGACAGGCAGAUGGACUUCUUGGAGUUUUGUUCUACACACAUUCCUGUGAUUCGACCUGAAGUCGUAAUCGCAUCAGGUGAUAUUACUGAUGGCAAGGGUAAGACGUUCUCGUUAUCUUUACAAAAUCUGGAGGAAUGGGAGGAUUAUUCGUCACUUCUGAAACAAUCUGGAGUACUAAAUUUAACUAAGUGGCUUGACGUACGGGGGAAUCAUGAUAGUUUUGACGUCCCAUCAUUUGGUGGUUAUGGUGAUUAUUACAGUCGAUUUGGUGUAAGGGGCGGAUCUUCAUUAAAGUCACGCAUAUUCAAACUCGUAAAACCAUAUGGUCAAUAUUCUUUCAUAAGUAUUGAUUUAUCCACUGAACCUGGAUUGAAAUGGCCUUUUAAUUUCUUCGGUAGUUUUAACUUGAAUGUUAAAAGACAGUUGUUAAAGUCGAUUGAUGAAGCUAAAGAUAGUAAUCAGACAUUUGUAUUUGGACAUUAUCCAACUUCCACGGUUGUUUCGAGUGAUUCGAAUCUGGGUACAGUGAUUGGAGAUAGUGCAUUUGCUUAUUUAUGCGGUCAUUUGCAUACGUUGUUUGGGUUGGCUAAGAAGAUGUAUUUUUUACAGCCUCAAGGAUAUUGGGAAUGGGAAUUAGGUGAUUGGCGUGAAAAUCGUUACUACCGGAUUGUAGCUGUUGACAACGAUUUGGUGUCGUUUGUAGAUGUGCGGAAGCUCUCGCCUAAUGAUUCAAGCAAAGAAUGGCCUAUUAUUUUAAUCACAAAUCCGAAAAACGUUAACUUUUUACUCCCCAAAAAAGAACCAUUCCACAGGAUAGAGUUUUCUACGCACAUAAGAAUUCUAGUUUGGUCACUAUCGCCUAUUCUAAGAGUUUCUGUGUCAAUCGAUGGCAUUCAUCAAGGAUUCGCCGAACCAGCUAAUUCACUUGAAAGUGAUAAUUCAACACCUUUAUAUGUACUUCCAUGGAAUACAUCUCAGUGGUCAACCAAUCCGUAUGCAUUUCACGUGAUUGAAGUCACAGCUAGGGACGUCAACAAUAAUCAGCGUACAGUUGUUCAGUCAUUCAGUCUUCGAAAUCGUGCUGUUUUUCCCAUUGGGUUUCUAUCGAAAAUUUUGGUUGUCAAUAGUAUGUCAGUUUCUGUUUCUGCACUUUAUUAUACUUUAUGGAUAACAGUAUUCACGUUUGUGGUAUCACCGCUUUUAAUUCGUCGUCUGAACUUACUUGUACAUCUGUUACGUACAAGACUCGGUAGAGGUAUGUACCAGAUAUCGUCAACCAAAAAACUAUUGCUUCCUAUCUUGGUGUUUAUGGUAUAUCAGAUUUCAUGUCCACUUUUCAUGGGUUAUCUAGUAGCUGAUAAAUUUGGCUUUGUUUUCUCAUUUGGUAUUUAUAUUGACGGUAUUUACAUACCAGAAAGACUGACUUAUGUGCUAGCAGAAAGUCAGCUAUUUGCAUUUGGCUUAUAUCUGUUGUUGUUUACUUAUCAUUGUGGUCAUCAACAAUAUAAUCCAAUUUAUCCAUUGAAUGGUGGUGAGCCGUCGGAGCAAUAUUCAAACAGUGUUUGUGAAGAUGAUAUUCACUCGAAUGCGUUGUGCAUCCGUUUGCCGAAAAUUUGCUCUUCACCUUAUUUGCUUAUCAUAACAGUUAUUUACAUAUCGCUUCAAUUAGGGUCUAAUUUUAUUUUUGUUUGGCUAUCCUAUGGCUUUGUAGCGAGCCUUUUAAGUCCAGGACUUGUAAUCCCUGUAUGCGUUGCAUGUAUUUUAUAUAUCUAUUGUCCACGACCUAAUCAUGUGAAACAUUGUAUUCAAUAA